AUGCGAAGAAAAUUGCUCUUUUUAUCGAUUUUUGGAUUUGUGCGCGCUCAGGAUUCAGAAGCCGAAAAAAGCAAAAGCUUUUUUGACUGGGACGACAAAACCGUUGACGGCUAUUUUUGCCACAAUUCAAGACUUGCUUUUUUCAAUGGCUUGAACGAAAAUGGCGAUGUUGAUCUGAGCAAGUUGCCGGAAAUUCCAAAAAAAGAUGCGAACAAGUUUUUGAAGACCGAAACGUCCUUCUCCGUGCUAAAAUUCGGCGGCUUCUUCGAGCGCUCGCUAGAACGAGUUUCCAUCGAAGAAUAUUGCGACGGAGAAAAACUCGGCGACAACGAAUUUUCCACUUGUCGAGAAAAGAAGCGGGCUUUUGUCAACGACUUUUGCAAAGAAUCCGACAGUUUAUUUUUCUCGAAGAAUUUUGGAUCGCUGAAGAAGUUUGAAACGAAGCUGAAUUCGGUGAGGAAACAAAAGUAUGAUCGCUGCAUGGAACAUGUCAGAAGGAGAAUGACUCAGGUCAUGGGCAAACUCGCUGGAAAAGAAGUGAAAAGUGACGAGGACUCGAAAAAGAAAUGGCAAAUGGAGUUGAAGCCAGACCGGUUGUUCAGAGGCUGGUGGCAUGAAUUACAAAAGGCGUUUUUGCGAGUUUGCAUGACAGACAAAACCGACUGCGCUAGAAAGUGCAGCCACGAAAAUGGAGUCUGUCAACUAGCCAAAGAUCCGACGGCGAAUGAAGAUGACGAAAAGUGGGUUUAUGAAUGCCAGUGCCAGCCGGAUUACGAACCAGUCGUCUCAUCGAACACAGAUCCAAUGGUCGUUUCCGAACUUUGCAACAGAACAAAAGUCGACGCUCCAAAAGGCUCGUGCUCUCCCCUCAGGCACGCAAAGAGAUACGAAAUGGCCCGAGGCGCGACGCCGGACAAUCCAAUGACGGAACUUCGAGACACGAUUCCAGUCGACCACCAGUUUCUCUGCACCUCACUGAGGCCAAAGAAUGAACCGUGGGAUUGCGACUACGAUAUUGAACGAGAGACUUGGCGAAAAAGACGAGCGAUUGGUAGCAAAAUUGAAAGAAAUGAGUUCAUUUCGCAAACGGAUUUCGGCUACUUUCCCUGGGUCGUCGAAUUGAACCACUAUCCUUCCAAGAAUUUUAAAAAGCCAAACGCAAAGAUUGAGGAAAAAGUUACUGAGAAAGACAAGAUGAAAGGAACAGACACUCACAGGGACGGAUGUUCUGGAACUCUGAUCGCUGGGAACAAACAGUCAGGCCAGGACUUCAUUAUCACAGCCGCCCAUUGCUUUUGCGCCGAGCAAGAAAUCGGUCAAUGGCUCGUCCGAAUCGGCAUCAUCGACAACACAAAGCAUCUAAAUCUCUACCAAGGAAAAUUGGAUGCCCUGACUGAAGCGCACCUCGGCCCAGAAAAAUACGUCGACGUGACGAUUGAUCACUGGCAAAUGGGCGCUGAAAAUGAUUAUUUGAAUAAUGGCUGCAAUACUGGAAUGGGAUCGUCGGCGACUGGAAAAGACGAUUUCGCGAUUCUUUAUUUGAACGGAAGAAUGAGGCAGAAAAUUCGAGAGAGUCUUCAGCACAACGUCAGGCACAGCUGCGUCAAUGGAAUCGACAAUUUCAAUCAAAUCAGAAAUGUCGAUUCGAUCAGCGAUUAUUACGGAAGCAAGUGCUUUUUGGCUGGAUGGGGCAGUCAUAAAAAAGAUGAAUAUAUGACGCUCGGAAUUCCGAAAAAAUCCAACUUCAUCAACGUCAAAGUGGUUCCCUUCGAAGAAUGCCGGGACGACCCUAUUUACGGCCUGAGCAACGAUCCCGGAAUCGAUCCAGACGAGUUGAAAAACAUCGAUCCGAAUAAUUCGCCGUUCAUUUGCGCCAAGGGUUUCGAAGGAAGCAGCAGUUGUGCUGGCGAUUCAGGCGGAGGACUGUUUUGUUUUUCGGAAGAAGGCCAAAGUGUCCAUUUGCUCGGGCCGCUGCAUGGGACUACUGCUUCUCGGUGCGAGGAGGGCGGAUACAUGUACUUCGCAAAUUUGGCGCACGAGCAAUAUCGAAGCCUCAUCGAAAAGAAAAAGAAAAAAGCUACUCAAAGAGACGAACUGUAA